AUGGAGACAAACCUGAAGGCAUCGAGAUAUUUUACAGUGACACUGUAUGAUAAGGAUAAUUCAGAGUUUAAUAUGGCCGAGAUGACUCCAACAGGUAAUUUUUCACUUGGUACUUACAAAGUCUCGUUGAGAUAUCGGACUUGCGAUUGUGGAUACUUUCAGGCACUUCACUACCCAUGUCACCAUGUAGUUGCUUGCUGUGUAUAUUCCCGCCUGAGUUUGGCAACUUAUGUUCACAAGGUAUAUCGCCUCAGCACGGUGUUUAAUGUCUACCAGAUGAGAUUUAAUCCUCCCAUCCCAGAAAGCUUCUGGCCGCCUUAUGAUGGUCCUACCAUCAUCCCGGAUCCUAGUAAGAGACGUGCAUCUGAAGGUCGUCUGGGGAGCAUUAGAAUUCGCACUAGUAUGGACGAGGUUAAUCCAGAUCGACCAAAGCAGUGUGGGCUAUGCAGAUAG